AGCUUGCUGGGCUAUAUAAACUCUAUGAGUCUGCUUCAAUUUUAUUCGUGACGAGAAGUUUUCCAGUGUAGUUUCAUUCAUCAUGAACGGCUUUUGGGAUCGUAACAAGAUGUCAGGAUUUUUGCUCCUUUUGUGCAUCGCCGUAAUUCACAUGAGUUCGGUGGAAUCUCUGAGUGCUAAGGAACGCAGAUCGCCCUUGAAUCCGAAACUUUUGGGUUCUCUAGUUGGAAAACGAGACACGGAAACCGUCGGAGAGGCCAUCGAAGAAGUAGCGGAAUCCGAGGCAGAACGGGAGCGCAGAUCGCCCUUGAAUGCUGCAACUUUGGCUUCCCUGGCUGGAAAACGAGACGUUGGAGCUGCCGAACUCAGAGCCCGCCGAUCCCCCUUGAAUGCUGCAACUUUGGCUUCCCUGGCUGGAAAACGAGACGUUGGAGCUGCCGAGCUCAGAGCCCGUCGAUCUCCAAUAGACCCGAAAACUGUCGCUUCUUUGCUUGGAUAAAGGGAUGUCGAAUAAGCCAAAAUCGGAGCAUAUGUCCAUCAGCAUUGCAGUCGAAGCUUUUGACUUCUUCGAUAGGAUAACUUAACGCUUAAGCAGCCCAACGGUAUCGCUGACAAGCUUCAAACGUCACCAUAAAAGUCGUUUUGUCUUACUGAAAACAUGAAAAGUAUGAAUAUAAAGGAAACUCUAUCGCAA